AUGGAGGCCGGUGAGGCGUCCGCCGUGCUGCGGGUGAGGCGGAAGCGCGGCGCGGAUCCCGCCGAGGCGCUCGUCCUCACAUGUAAACGGCUGCGGAGCGGGGCCUCCGAGGAGGGGGCGGGGGCCGCGGGACCGGGUCCCGUGGAGGAGAACGUCUUCAAGCUGGCGGCGACCGUGUGCUCCCAGGAUGAACCUGUUCAGAAGUAUGUCAGAGAAGCCAUCACCAAAGAGAAAGCCACCAGAGCCCUGACUCCUUCGCUGGAAAGUCAUCAGAGAAUCCGUCAGGAUCUCCUCGCUGCAAAGCUGGUGACUCGGCAGGAUGACCGCUACCGCCUGGUCUCCAAAUACCGGGCCCCCUGUGCGGAGGGAGAAGCAGCCCUGCCAGCUGGGAAAGCUGCCAGCAGGGCUGAGAGGAACGAGCUAGGCUCUGAUGGCACCAAACAGAUGUCACACAGAGGAGGCAGUUCGUCCUCUGCAGAAGAAUUCCAGCUGUUUGACAUCGUUCACGAGGACGCUGCUGAGAAAGAGGCUGUCUCAGUUCCGGCCACCUGUUCUGAGAAAUCUGACCCAGAUGUGAUACUUUGUAAUUCAGUAAAGAUGAUCCGUGAACGGCUAGCCAUCUCCAAGGACGGAAAAGGAACGGAGCACCGAGAGGAGGACAAUUAUGUCUAUGACAUUUACUACAUGGAGACAUCUACCCCAGGAUGGAUUGAAAGCAUCCUCUCUGUGCAGCCCUACAGUCAGGAUUGGGAGCUGGUAGCUGAUGAUCAUCAAGCCGAGGAGAUUGAUGAUGAUGAUGAUGAUGAUGAGAACAGUGAGAAUCACUGGCGUAACGAGUACCCCGAUGAGGAAGAAGGAAGCAGUGACAGAGAGAGCACCCGAGGGUCUGAUGAAGAAUAUGGCAGCUUUAGUGACGAGGAAAGCAUCAUCAGACCAAGGAAAUGGAACAAAUAUCCCUAUGAUGUGCUAAAGGAGUUUGAGUACGACAGCUCCCAGGACUUCGAUUCAGACUGAGGACUGCUCAAGCGUUCACCAGUUGUUUGGGACGAGCCCUUUGGUGUCUCUGACUAUAGACAUCAGCCUCUUUGCUGCUGACUCUGCCCCAGAGUGUUAUAACCUACCUGGAAGGGGAAAGGGGGGGAAAAAAGUCUCUGGGGAUGUUCAGCUCUGGGGUCAAAUUCUGGCCUCCAGACAAUUUUGUGCUACUGGGAAAGGAAAAACCUAAGAUAAAUCGGAGUUCCUUUGCCUCUAACUGCAGUAUUGCCCAUUGGUAUGGGAAGAAAAUCCUCUUUCACCCGAUACUGCCGGAAAAUAUUUUCCUUUCCCUACACUUUACUUUAGCACUUUGUUUAAUCUGAAAGAUUUUCCCCUUCCAUGUGAAGAAUUGACUUUGCAUGUUCAAAUCUACAGCAUUCCUAUGGCAAAAAAAAGGUAAUUUUUGAAGCCAAUGAAUAAAGAAAGAGAUGUCGCUAAUGUGUUUCAUGUGAAAAGGUUGGUCUUCCCUAACCUCUGCCCUGCCACAGAAGGCGGGUCCUGCUUCAUGCUGCUGAGUGAGGCAUUUCUUCGGAAGCCUCUAGAGUUAGAGGCGAAAACACUAUGAAAGGCUGCACUGACAAAUACGCUUCAUCAACACAGGAAGACAAUGCAUAUGUGUUCACUAAGGUGGUUUCUGGUUGCAAAAACCUGCAAGUGUUAAAAAAGUGAAAAGACUCCAUGUUGGUAUUUUCCCCCAUUUUCCAUCUGUGGCCUUACUUUGAUCCUGCUUAUAGAGUUGGGAGUCCUUUGACAAAUGCCAAAGGAGCUGUGUGUGUAUGUAUGUGUAUGUGAAUUUGAUGCACUGAUUGUAUUAAAAAAUUGUUCUGGAACGUGGAAGAAAAUGCUUUCUUAAAUGUUUGUUAGACUCUUCAUUGUGGGUCAUGCCACAACCUCUCCUUCCCUAGCACUGGCAAAAUUAACUUUAUUUACUUUGGAGUGAAACAGCAAUGAUCAAGUCUGUGGUCCUGGUUUUGCUUUCCCUUGAGAAAGGUUGCUGGGGAGCUCUCACCAAAGGGAAAAUCACAACAGAAACAGUGGUUUUAUAACCAGAAGUUGUGUAAUUACAAGUGAACUUAUCAAAUCCCCACUUUAAAACCACAGCUGCCUUUAUUCCAGUUUGAGUCAAAGCACCAUCGAAUGUAAGAAUUGGAAGGAGCUACAUAGACUUCUCUGGUCCAAAUUCAUUCUGCAAAGAAAACAAUCCCAGCAAGCAGACAUGACUGCCAGAUUGCACAGGCUAAUGGCAGAGCCUGGAUUCAAAUCCAGGUCUGACUUCAAUCCAUCGCUCCCCAGAUAAAAGGUACAAAUUGCCUGGCUAAGAAAUGCUCAUCAGGAUAGAAACUUCAUACAUCUAGACAAUUGGGCCAUAACUGAGGAACCUGACUUGGACAGAAGCUUUCUUCCUGAUGUCUUUUUUCUUGGUCUCAGAGGCAGCCCUUGCUCUGCCCAAAUUUUUUUCAUUAAUUUGCUACAGGAUGGUAAUAAUUCAGGAAUUAAUCUCAGUUAAUAAAUAUGUCGGAACUGCCAUUAGCUUUGUAAAUUCUGUAGGGGAAGGGGCGAGAACAUGUUUCAAUUCUGAGGCUUUCAUACCGUCAAGAUGGAAGUAUGCAUCUUUAUUAAAGAAGUGAAACCAGAGAUUAAAAUUCUUUUUCUUCUAUUACUCCCAAUACUGAGCAGUGGUGCUUUGUAAAAGUAAAUGCCAUUUCCUAAUUCAUACCCACUGUGCUUUCUGGAUUAUCUAUGCCUGCACAAGAGACAAAGACUCGUAAAAGACACUACUGGUGAUGACUGGUGAUAGCUACAUCGAAGGCCUCCGAAGAUUUAAUCAUCCAGGUCUUCUGACUUCAUAUCCAGGGGCGCUUUCUGCUCGAUCACACUGUCAGACAAAAGGCUCCUGUGAUAUGGGGGAAAAAGCACUGGAGUGGGAACGAAAAGGUUGGAAUCUUAGCUUGGCUACUUAGCACGUCUAUAGGUGCUGGCUUACCCAAGCCCUCACCUCUCUCAGCCUACAGGAAACAAUGGAUGACCUCUAAUGUACCUUCCAAUUUUAAAUCCUAUGACCUUGGUGAAUUUAGUAGGUACUUGUUAACCUGAAGACUUGCAGAGGUAGCUGAGAUUUGAUCUCUUUGUUGGACAGUCCCACUAAGAGUGCCACUUGACCACAUCACUUUAUAAAGUGAUAUUACUGUUUAGGGAUUGUACAGCUUCGGUUUUAGCACCUCCAAUGAGACUGAAACCAUAUACUUCCCAGAGAAGCCCAUUCAAUUUCUGGACAUCUCUGGUUGGUAGAAAGUAAUCUGCAUCUCUGCAACUUCAUGAGGCACUGUCUGAUUCCUCCUGGUGAAGAAAGGUGCUCUGGAAUUCACAGGUAAUCAGCUGCAUAUAACUAGAGAAACUAUAGUUGUUUUAAACCUAAAGGUUCUAGGUCACAAAAUAAAAGCCUUGAU